CCUUUGCGGUCCGAUGCCGCCUGCGCUGUUGUUUGCUGCGUCUCCAUUGACCAGGCAGCAGGGGCGAGGCGAGGUCAGAGCGAGCGAGCUGUUGGUGUUGGCCGGGUCGUCCCUGCGCUCGGGACCGCUGCCGCUAAAGCACACGCCCAGCGCCCGCAGACCAGUCACACACACAUACUUCGGCUGCUGCUCUCCCAUUUGUCUCACCUCGCUCUCACGCCUGCCUGCGUCACCGGAAGCGACCCCGCGGGCGAGCGAUCCGAUCCCCUUCGCGGCCUCGUCAACGACGCCGAGCAUUCUGCUGCAGAACACUGAGGAAUGGCUGAAGAGGAUGUCCAGCCCCUUGUGUGCGACAAUGGCACUGGAAUGGUUAAGGCAGGUUUCGCUGGUGACGACGCGCCGAGGGCAGUCUUUCCCAGCAUCGUAGGCAGGCCACGCCACACUGGCGUGAUGGUGGGCAUGGGCCAAAAGGAUGCAUACGUGGGCGACGAAGCCCAGUCCAAGAGAGGCAUUCUGACGCUCAAGUACCCAAUCGAGCACGGCAUUGUGGGCAACUGGGAUGACAUGGAGAAGAUCUGGCACCACACCUUCUACAACGAGCUCCGUGUGGCGCCUGAGGAGCACCCUAUACUGCUGACCGAGGCUCCUCUGAACCCCAAGGCCAACAGGGAGAAGAUGACCCAGAUCAUGUUUGAGACGUUCAGCUGCCCGGCAAUGUAUGUGUCCAUCCAGGCCGUUCUUUCCCUGUACGCCAGUGGACGAACGACUGGUAUUGUGCUCGACUCUGGUGACGGCGUGAGCCACACUGUCCCCAUCUACGAAGGGUACACGCUUCCUCAUGCUAUUAUUCGAUUGGACCUUGCCGGUCGUGACCUCACCGACAACCUGAUGAAGAUCCUCACCGAGAGGGGUUACUCCUUCACCACGACAGCCGAGCGAGAGAUUGUCAGGGACAUCAAGGAAAAACUUGCCUACGUUGCACUUGAUUACGAGCAGGAGCUGGAGACGGCCAGGACCAGCUCCACCGUCGAGAAGAGCUACGAGCUGCCCGAUGGCCAGGUCAUCACAAUCGGCGCAGAAAGGUUUAGGUGCCCUGAGGUGCUAUUCCAGCCAUCCUUCAUUGGCAUGGAAUCUCCUGGCAUCCAUGAAGCCACGUACAACUCCAUCAUGAAGUGCGACGUCGAUAUCAGAAAGGACCUGUACGGUAAUGUUGUCCUCAGUGGUGGCUCCACUAUGUUCCCUGGCAUCGGUGACCGCAUGAGCAAGGAGAUCACUGCGCUUGCCCCCAGCAGCAUGAAGGUGAAGGUGGUUGCUCCGCCGGAGAGGAAGUACAGCGUUUGGAUUGGUGGCUCCAUUCUGGCCUCUCUCAGUACCUUCCAGCAGAUGUGGAUCUCCAAGGAAGAGUAUGAUGAAUCUGGUCCAGGCAUCGUCCACAUGAAGUGUUUCUGAAUUCUGGAGCUGUAUAUCUGUUAUUUACUUAUAUUUUCAGUUAGUUGGGAUGCUAGAUUGUCCCAUGGUUUCUCUAGCAUUCUUGGUUCUUUCUAAAUCAUUGAAGGGCUGUUGGCCAUGAAGCAUUGUGAAAGAUGGUUAGGUCGACUGAUGUACUACAUGAAGAAACAUGUGUAACUUCAGUAGUACGGAUGGUCAGGUCAGUGUUUUUUUUUUCAAGACCACCAGAUCAGUGCGUUCCUGAUAUGCGCGAUCUGGGUUUCUACACGACGCAAGGGUGCCGGCUGUCGCGUGUCGCCCAUGCAGUUUGAGUCUUUGAGAGUUCAGUUGGUUUAUGCACUUCUGUACGUGGUCAUGGAAUCAUUCGCAUUUGCGCCCCGCCGUGGCGUGGUUGUUGAUUUAUACUUGGAUAUGUUUGUUUUAUUCCUUCUCAUGAAACAGCUGUUGUUGUCUCUA